AUGCCUCCCCAGCGCAAAGAUGGCCCAGGAGGUGGCCCCAGUGGUGGACCCGUUAGAACACCCAAUGGUGCGCGAUCGGGAUUUCGGACGGACACAGCCAUCUCAAACAACCGCGCAGGAGCCGAACGCAACCUGACUCGGUGGGUUGCCGAUAGCCCUGCAGCCCUAGAUGGUGCCCUCGAGAGUUCCUCAAACGCAGGUGGAAAGUGGGACCAGUUUGCCGCGAACGAGCGCCUCUUUGGCCUGAAGACGGACUACAACGAGAACUACUACACAACGGCCAUUGAUCGCAGCCAUCCCCAGUACUCGGAGCGCCUAGCCGUCGCAGAGCGUGCCGCCCGCGAAAUCGAGGGAUCGUCGGCAACUACUGCUCACGUGGCUGAAGAGCGUGUCAUGGAUUUUGUUGCCGGUGAAGGCCAAGGUGACGGUGAUGAGGAAGACAAAUACAGUGGUGUACGCAGACAGCAAGACUUCCCCCCUCUGUCGGCGUCUGCACGGGGAGAGGCCAAGUACACGCCUCCCGCACGUCGUGCCCCGACAGCCCACUCGACUGUGGUUGGCGCGCCAGUCGAUCCGGCCAUCAUCUCAUCGCAGAUCAAGGGUGGCUCUUCGCGGAAGCAGCAGCAGCAGCAGCAGCAACCGCCGCCGCCGCCAGCUGCCCCCAAGGGCGAAGAGAACAAGGCAUCCACAGCUAAUGCACCGCGUCCGGCACCCCCUGCCGUAGCGUUGCCGCAACAGUCAAAGACGCCCGAGCCGAAGGCUGCUGAUAAGGUCGCCGAUGGAAAGCAGCAGACUGCUCCCAAGGUCGCAGACAACACAUCCGAGCAAACCAAGUCUGCAACGACCUCAAAGCCCAACAGCAAGCCGUCGACACCAGCAAUUUCAUCUGGAACUUCUUCGCUGCGUGCUACUGCGACACCGAAUCGUACAUCGCUUUCUCCUAGUGCCAAGGCUUCCGCGUUCGCGCCCUCGACUUCGGCUGUGAACAGCCCCGCGCCUCCCAACGUUGCUGACAAUGUCGAGAGUGCUCUUCUGAAAGAUUUCAAGGACUUUGCUUCGCAGCAGCGUCAGCACGCAGAGAAGGCUCGGCACAACAAGAUCAAGGCCGAUGCUCAGGUUAAGCUCCAGGAACUGAGAAGAUUCGCAGAUAGCUUCAAGUUGUCGACCCCCGUGCCUAACGAUCUCAUCUCCAUUAUUGCCAAGGAUCCCGAGAAGCAACGCCAGAUCCAGGAGAAGGCGCUACAGAACGCCGAACAGCUUGCAAAGUCCAAGACAGAAUCUGCUGAUGGCCAGCGCGGUUCAGCUUCGUCUGCCGGUUCCUCCAAGCCCCCAGCCGCUCCCUCGAGCUCUGCAGCCUCUGCCGCGGCGUCGACAGCCUCUAACAAUGCGUCGAACGCUACCACCAAUACCUCAACCACGCCCAACCUCGUGCCUCCGUCCGGCCCAGGUGCGGCUGCUGGCGGUGCUUCUGCUGCAGACAAUGCUCGGCCGCCUGUCAACAACAGUGGUCGCCCACAGGGUCCUCCCCACUCUUCGCACAGCAUGUCAAACCGCCACCCCAACUCGCGGGGUGGAUACAUGCAGCAGAACUUCCGCCCGCAGUCGCAGCCCUAUCGCGGCGAUCGCUCUGGUCCGCAACAUAUGUCGCAAGGUCACAACACUGGCCACUUGGCCGAGCGGAUUAGAAAUUCUGAACAAAACCAGAACCGGUACAACAAGAACUUGAACAACCAUGGCCCCUCUCAUUUUGGCCCUUCUGGGGAUGCCCGCAUGCCGCCCACUGGGCCUGCAAACCCAGCUGACAGCAACUAUUCCCGCCGCCUAAGUGCGCAGCCGUCCGGAGCACACACACCCCAGAAGCUGAACCCUACUACGCACGAGUUCCGCCCGAGUCCUUUUGCUGCGUCGUUCAACCCGACUGGCCCUAGUGCGGGAUCCAGCCCGCGUUCAACGAUCAACCCCAUCACAACCGACCAUUCAAUCCCGAUGUCUUCGACGGCGACAUCAGUGCCGACCAUCCCGUCUCCUCGGGUCCUUGGCACCGUCCUUAUUCGCCGUAAGACUCAGAACGUGAGUGCGGACAAAUGCGACAUCUUGACCAUGGUUCGGUCCAUCAAGCCGCCGCCGGGACGCAACUGGGACGAGAAUAAUGGCCUACGCCCGUCAUUUGAUACUCCCCUUCUUUGGCGCCAGAUUCAAGAUGACGAGAAGCAGGACUCGACAAUGCAUCUCAAGUACACCGAGUACCUUGAGCGCGUUGCCUUUAGUGCGGCUUCCAGAGCGACACCCGUCCAAGGACACGUGGUGCCACAUAACAUGUCUCAAAUGCCGCACCAGCAUCAGCUUCCGGCACACAUGCAGCAUCACGGCGGCCACAUGGGCCCGCGCCCCAACCAACACAUGCCACCGAUGCCAAUCCACGGUGGUGGCGGACCUCACGGGCACAUCCCCCAAGUGUCGUUUAACGGGAGCGAUGACCAUCGGAUGAUGGCAUCGAACUCGGCGCAGUCGUAUGCUUCACCGCGCAUGUCACAGGCCCCGAUGUACCCGCAGCAUGCAACCCCACAGAUGGGCUAUAACCAGCCGGCUAUGCCAUUCAUGCAGAACGGACCCCAGAUGAACCAGUUCCGGAACUACUCGAACAAUCCCCAAGGGUUCAUGCCACCGCAGUCUGGACCGAUGAUGCCGAUGAUGCCUCCACAGCACUUCGUUGCUGUUCCGGGAGCUAUGAUGGGUGGUCAACAGCAGAUGGGCAUGUAUCCUGGUGGCGCCCAGUUCAUGGGACCUCCUGGCGCUGGCGGUGCUGGAGGUGCACCUCCACCGCAUCAAAUGGGCGCAUCCAACGGAUAUCCCAGCCCCGGGCGGCCUGUCGCGCCGAUGAUGGGCCAACAAGGAUCCCAACAGGGACAACCAAUGUACGGACAGAGCCCCAACACACAGUACCAGCAACCUGCCUUUAACCCCCAACACCAGGGACAAGGUGGUAAGCUUUUUUGA